AAGAUUUUAAUGCAAAAACUGACUCAGUAGAUUUUGAAGACUUUUAUGAGGCUAAUUUUGAAAAUGCAGUAAUUGAGAUGAUUGAGGAUCAAAUUCCACAAUGGUCUAAUGAAAUUUAUUAA